AUGAGCAAAAUUUUCUUAUCACUUAACAACGAAAACGUAUUUUCUGGCAUUUUCCUAAACGAAACUUAUUGGCAUAAUGACAUUAGUAAUUUUCAAAUAAGACGGCUGAACACGAAAUAUCUAGAAUGGGCUAUAAUACUUCUGGGAUGGUAUAUCAUUCUAUCCGCAAUCCCUAACUUGUGGAUAAUAUUUGAAAAUUACACCAACGUCUCUCGACCUCUGAAAGUGAUGAAGACAAGAAAACUAAAGGUUCAAGCUAUAACCUCUUUCCCGCACAAACCAAUAAUUUUAUAUAAAGCACUUCUUGAUACAGGCUCACAAAGAGCUUUAAUAUUGACAAAAUUUUGGGAAAAACAACAUGAACAGAAUCAUUUAUCAAUAAGCAUAGGAAAUAAUUUAAAGGUUAAACCUCCGGUUAUUCCUAAGAUUACAAGAUCUAUGACCCAAAUACGACAACAACCACCACUGAAACCAGCAUCAAAAAGAGAUGGAAAAGGAACCGCGCUUAAUAGUUGUCAACGUGCAGCAUCAGUAGCAGUCAUAAAAGAAAAGGAAUUCUUUCAACCUCACGCAAAUAUUCACCCUUUAAAAUUUGAUAGUUUGGAGAUCGAACAACAAUUACACCAGGAAUCAGUAUCAAAAAGUGACGAAAAGGUAACGACGCGGAAAAGAUGUCAACAUGCAGCACCUGUAGCUGACCUAAAAGAAAAGGAUUCAAUUCAAUCUCGAGCCGAGUUUCCAUCUUCAGAAUAUAAACUUUGGGAGGUUAUACAGCAGCAAACCCAGGAAUCAGCAUCAAAAAGAAAAAAAGGAGCUUCACGGAAAAAACGUCAACGAGUAGCACGAAUAGCGGCACUAAAGGGAAAGAAAAUCUCUCGUUCUCAAAUAGUUAUUCCCCUUUCGGAAGAUGAUAAUUGGGAAGAUGAGAAAAUCGAAGUAGAAUGGGACGAUUCAUAUCAAACUAUCAUUAAAAACAAUGAAAUGAUAAUGGAGUGGAAACGAAAACAUCAAGAAUGGAAAAGACAGGGUUUUCGAGGUGGUCUACCAAGCAGUAUUGACAAAUUAUUUUGA